CGCCAUCAUCCUCCUGUCAAUCAACGACUCCGAAAAUUGUCGCGGCAUUCUGCCCGUGCACUGCAACUGCAUACGCCCCGCCCCAAAGCCAAAAGUUCAUCGCUCCCUCCUCCCUUUUUCCUCCGCUUUCCCUUCGCCCUCCGCUGCGCACAUCCUCCCAACCUAAACCCGACGAAACCCCCAGCCGUUUCCAUCGCGAGCAGAGAGAUAGGGGGGAGAGGGAGGGGAUCCGGCCUCCAGGAUCACGCUCCCUCAUUGCGCUCCCCGCCGGAGCGGCGCGUGAGGCUCUCUCUCUCUCUCUUGCCCGGCGCGAUGGAUCAGGACGUGGACGACAGGGCGGCGGCGAGCGUGGCGGCGGCGGCGCGGUCGCUGCGGGCGGGGCUGGAGCGGUCGUGCGCGAUGGGGCAGGCGCUGACGCGCGGGGGGCCGCGGCUCGAGGAGAUCCAGGCGGCGCUGCCGGCGCUGGAGGCGGCCGUGCGCCCGAUCCGGGCGCCGAUGGCGGAGCUCGCGGCGGCGGGCCCGCACAUCGACCGCGCCGUCGGCCCCGCCGCCGCCGUGCUCAAGGUGUUCGACGCCGUGCACGGCCUCGAGCCGCCGCUGCUCGAGCCCGGCGCCGCCGCGCGGGACCUCCCCGGCUACCUCGCCGUGCUCGCCCGCCUCGAGGAGGCCCUGCGGUUCCUCUCGGCCAACUGCGGCCUCGCCGCCGAGUGGCUCGCCGACAUCGUCGAGUACCUCGGCGACCACGACCUCGCUGACCCGCGCUUCCUCGCCGAGGUCGCCGUCGCGCUGGACGGGCUCAGGAAGCCAUCCGGGUACCUCGACGGCGGCCUCCUGGCGGCCGCGCUCGACCUGCUCGAGGCCGAGUUUCGGCGCCUCCUCGCCGAGCACUCCACGCCGCUCGCGAUGCACCAGCAGGGCGCCACCCCCGCGUCCACCGCGCCGCCUCGCGUCCCGGCCGCCGCCGUCCGCAAGCUCAGCCCGAUUCUCGACCGCCUCUUGGCCAAUGGCUGGCAAGACCGGUGCAUCUCUCUGUAUGCCGACGCACGCGGUGGCGUGGUGACCGCCAGCCUCCAUGCUCUCGGCCUCGAUUACCUGCACAAUCCGGCCGAUGACGCCCAGGCGUUGGGCCCUGGUGUUGAGUUGUGGGGGCGGCAUUUGGAGUUUGUGGUGCGCCGCCUCCUCGAGUCUGAGCGUCAGCUUUGCGCCAAGGUGUUUGGGCAGCACAAGGAUGAUGCAUCAGUGUGCUUCGCCGAGAUAGCUUCACGGGCUAGUGUUCUUGAUUUCUUGAGGUUCGGUCGUGCCGCUGCGGACGCUAAGAAAGACCCAAUCAAACUCCUGCGUUUGCUCGAGGUCUUUGAUUCUUUGAAUAAGCUGAGGUUGGAUUUCAACCGGCUGUUCGGCGGAAAGGUGUGUGCGGAUAUUCAGUGCCAGACAAGGGACCUUGUGAAGCUGUUGGUGGAUGGCUCUGUUGAGAUCUUUGAGGAGUUGAUCGUGCAGGUGGAGCUGCAGCGACACAUGCCUCCCCCAGCCGAUGGGGGUGUGCCACGCCUGGUCACUUUCAUUGUUGAGUACUGCAACCGUCUCCUUGGUGAGAAAUACAGGUCUGUGCUUGCACAGGUGCUCAUCAUCCACCGCAGCUGGCGCAAGGAGGUGUUCAGUGACAAGAUGCUCGCUGUCGCAGUGCUUAACAUUGUUAAGGCCCUUGAAGCCAACUUUGAUGUUUGGUCGAAGGCGUAUGGGAAUAAGAUUCAGUCAUACAUCUUCAUGAUGAACACACGCUGGCAUUUCUAUAAGCACGUGAAGGCUACUAAGCUGGCUGAACUCCUGGGUGAUGUGUGGAUCAGGGACCAUGAAAAGUUUAAGGACUUCUAUCUGACGGUGUUCAUGAGGGAUAGCUGGGGGGCGCUUUCGCCGCUGCUCAACCGGGAGGGCCUGAUCUUGUUCUCCAAGGGACGGGCCACGGCAAAGGACCUCGUGAAGCAGCGCCUUAAAACUUUCAACGCUAGAUUCAGUGACAUGUUUCAAGAACAAUCAGCAUGGAUCAUACCGGACAAGGACUUGAGGAGGGAGACAUGUGAUCUUGUGAUACAGGCAAUAGUUCCCCCUUACCGGAGUUACAUGCAGAACUAUGGGCCGCUCGUAGAGCAGGAUGCAAGUGCUAGCAAGUAUGUGAAAUACACUGUCGAUGGUUUGGAAAAGAUGCUUGGAUCGCUCUUCGCGCCCCGUCCCAGGAGGUCCGGGAGCUUCCAGAUUGGGCACUCCAAUGGCAAGAUUACUAGUGCAAUGACGGGGAUGUAUCGGAGUGCUUCCACAGUGAAAUAACCUCAGUUGAGAAAACAGUUGAGGAACCAAGAGAAUGGUUAUAAAAUUUAUGAAAUAACUGGAUAAGGGAGACCAGUUUAUUUUUCACCAGUCGGCUAAGUCAUCCGCCGUGCUGGAAGCGGCAUGUAAUAAUGGACCUGUGAUGAGGGCAUUGCUGUCUGCUGGCAUAUGAACAAUAAGCUCUUAUUGAUGGUGAGCAGAAGAGUAGAAGACUGCUGGAGCAUUUACUUGUGGUUGAGAUGUCGCCCAAGUAACCUUCUCCUCCACUUCCUACCUUCUUUCUGUGGAUCUAUCAGUAUCUCUAGGACCAUGUAGUGUUCUGUUCAGGAACCUCUUUGGUGACUGGAGGAUAUUUAAAUGGCUUGCGGUGUAUGUAAAAUUGGUUGUAAUUUAGGAUGGUUGUAGACAUUUUUUAUCUGGGUUACAUGUGUUACAAGUUGAGCUCCAGUCUGCAACAUAUAUGCAAAACUAGAGUUUCAAGUA